UAGAGAAGAACAACUGAUUAGUGUCAAAUUUGUCGAAUUUUGUAAGCAAUUUAUUUCCAAUUUGUUUUGAUUUAAAAUGAAAAGCCCCAUUUAAAAACCAUACAACGGAUAAGAAAAUUGGAAUUAAAGAUCGACAGGCAAUGUCACAGAGUGAGCUGGUUUAGAAGUAAAGAAACAUAUUCGAGUGACUGGAGAAAAUUAUACUUUAUGGGGUUUUGGUUGAGAAAGGGGCUAUGUGAAGACAGUGAGGAGCCCAGCUUGAUGACCAGCUGUUUAUAAUGUGGGAAGAACAAUCAAUGGGGUCCCAAACUCUGGAAAUCAUCCGGCAAGGGGUUUGGGCUUCGGUGACGGGGGGCUGGUUUUACGACCCCAGCCAGAACCUUUUCUGCAACACUUUCCACUUGUAUAUUUAUUUAUUUUUGCUGUGUCUCCCAUUUACUUGCCAUGUGUACUUUCCACCAGAUAGGAGCAUAUGGUACGUGUACUGCUGCCUUAUAGCAUUAGCCCUAGGCGGGCUUAAGCUCGGUAACUAUUUUCUACACUAUGUCUAUGAUACAACCGAGUGUAUAACAGAGACUGUGGAUGAAACUGAUCCAGACAACGCAAAAAGUAUCAUUUGCAGGUCUGAAGAGGCAAUAGAAAUGCAGGAUCUUUCUACAAAGAAUAAAGGCGAAGAGGCUACAGGCUUGGCUACUUUAGUUUCGUUGUCUGAGAAUAGGGCUCGCCCCAGCACUGAUAGCCUGGAGUCAUCUGAACAGCCUGAAGGAGCUGUUGGGGGCCCCAGAAAUGUGUCCCGAAUAGAUUCAUUCGAAGUGGAAGUUCACAGGAAUAAUUCCACUGCCAGCAGUGAGUCAAAUGAGCCAAGACUAGAUGAGCCAGUCACAAUGCCCCCUAUUCUAAAUCGCGAGCGAAAGUUGCGUAAAUCCAGACCUGCAAGACCGAAGACUGAAGCGCAAGUUUCUGUCGAUGUUAUUAACGAGAGGGACGUUUCAGGGCUUGCGCGACUGGAGCCUCAAGGAAGUGCAGAAUCCCAAGAGAAAAGCAGUGAGUUGGUUUUGCAACAACGGCCUUCUUUGCAUAGUGUUGAUUCUGAGCAAGAAUCCACCGCGAUUAAUGAAGAAAGCAGCGGUAGAAGACAUUCCAACUUUACAAAUAGCAGUCUGAACUAUCUCCCUAUUGCUAUUCAGACCGACAUUAAACCGACUGGUAGUUUAGAGCUCGGCUACAUAGACAAGAACCCAAAUCAAGCACUGAAUUUCGAAGGCUUUUACUUCAAACCUAAGAACAGGGACGCCAGGCACUUUAGGUCGGCUGCUCUUGAAACCUGCAGUCCUCCUCCCACUAUUCCUGCCAACACCAAUAGCUUAGAGGUGAUCGGAUGUAAGAAUAAUAAAAAUCCUCUUCCUCCUCCUAGCACCAGUUUAACGCGAAAUCAGCACCUAAAUUUGUGUCAAUAUUUUGGUUCCGAGAUAGUUUAUCCAAUAGCUGAGCAGUCUGAUGAACAUCAAACUUCGCAUGGACCGGAUACGGACAUUGAUUCGCUGGCUCAUGGAUCUGAAUCGGAGUUCGAAGAAGUCAAUCAAGGGAGCCAUUCGCCGCUCAUUUACGAGAAGUUUGGAACCCAGAAAAAAGUGCCUUAUGCGAUCGCCGCCAAAACAACCGUAGAACACGAGGCCGCUUCCGCUAAAAAUAUUUGGACUGAUCUUGAGCACUCGAAUUCGAGUGUUACUGAAGAGUCGCCAGCUCAAGAUGCUCAGACUUCGGCUGAGUGCGCGACCGACAACGACCUAAGUGACAAAAAACUCAGCGAGUGCUCGAAUUUGUCGUGCUGUAGCGACGAUUUUCAGGAGAGCAUGAAACAGAAAAUGGCCGAAUUGACUUUGAGUGAUUUUGGCGAAGAAGAAGGCGCAGUUGGGGGCGAAAUCGAAGCUUUGCCCAAAAAAACCGGCAUGACCAAACGAGAAUCCACUGUUCAUGAUUGUGGUUUGGACAGAGACCCAAGUGCGUCGAAUUUGCAGUGCCAGCACACACCUGCACGAAGCAUAGUAAGAAAAAAGAACGUAAAAAAAUACAAGAGAAGAAAAAGCGACACAACAGCUCCCAGAAGCGGAAAUAGCUCGUCCCUGGCUCACUUAGACUUGGAUUGGCUAUUUGAAGAGGAUGCUGCCUCAGGAAGCAACCGAUUAAGUCAUCGAAAAGAACCUUUAAAAAAAGACAACGAAUGGUCGAGUACCACCACAGUAUCUUUGGAGCAGGACGUAAGCAAAGUGUUGCAGGACACUGUACCAGCCGUCCGGAGCUUAGGCGCUAUCCCGAAAAAGCUAUCUAGUCAUCAUCCAAGGGAAAUCGAACGGAAAACUCCGAAAAGCGAGUCGGAGAAAUGCAGAGCGUGUAGCAGAUGCAAGUUUGAUGCCGAGAAAGCAAAGUCAUCAAAGGAAAACAAAGUCACUCAGACGGGCCUGAUCAGAGACAGUCCUAGUUCCAGUUUCGAGGAUAUCGAUGCUCCGUUGGAUUUGCCUAUUAAAAGGGCCACUGGAGGGGCAAUUAAGAAAGAGAUUUCAAAACAACCACCAACUAAGAGUGAAGAGACUUCGUCCAGUGGCUCCAACAAUGAACUGAGCACGCUUCUGCCUCCUGCUCCGCCUCUACUUUCAGCAUUUCUCAAUCCUAGAAGGGAUUUGCUCACUGCGAGCUGGGUUUCCGAAAACUCACCCAGAUCCAGCCAACGGAAUCGUUUGAGAAGAGCAAGAACCGGAGUGAAAAGAUCGAUUGUUGUAAAAAAAGAAAACGCAAUUUCGAGUUCGUUAUCGUCCGGACAUGGUACUCAUACGGCGAAGAAUUUCAACGACACUACUGAUGGAGCUGUUCAUUGUUUUUUGGAUGAACAUGGCAAUUGGAUUACCUACACUUUUGAUGAGAAAGGUGAAAUAACUGCAGCUAGCAAUGACCAGCAACUGGCGGCGGUCAAUUCAGAAAAGCGUCCAAGGCAAAGAAGAACUGGCCUAGACAAUAGCAACAAACCUCUCCCUAGUAACAUGUGGGACAGCGCUGAUAGCAUUGAAAUCAGCUCCAUUUCCACCAUCACGGGGUCCAGAAAUAACAGCAGGCCGAGUAUUGGACAGGAAAGUGUUCAAUUACGGGAAACCAGGCAAGAUUAUCGCGAUAAUGCGGUGAGAAAUCACUUCAGACACGCUCAAAAUUGGGAGGCGCUGCCUCGUCGAAGACAUACCACGCCUCAGGAGGAUGGCACUCUGUCCGCUCUACGGGACAUUGCGACUGCUGCCAAUCCGGAUAAUCCAGAGAUCAUCAUGUUGGGCACUCGGGAAGGUGGUAGUGGCUCUCCUACGAGGACACAGUUGAGGUUUAUUAAAGUGAGCAGCCAGGAGAAUCGAGUGCGGACUAAAAGCUACUACAAAGUGAAAUUGUUGCCGUGGCGCUUGACCAUGGACCGUCUCGGCCUUUUGGCCAUGCUGGAUCGGAACUUGACCAUGCUAGAAACGUGUUUAUCUGUGAUUUUAGGCGUACUGGUGUCCGUUCUAGGCGCUGCACUUUUGCAUUUAGAAUUUUAUAAAGACGCUUUGGCGUUUGUUUUUUGCAUGGUAAUCGCUAGCGCGCAAUAUUCCUUGCUGAAGAGCGUGCAGCCGGAUGCUGCAUCGCCCACCCACGGAUUUAACAGGGUUAUUGCCUAUUCCAGGCCCGUAUACUUUUGCCUAUUUUCUUCUCUAGUCAUUGUUUUGCACUUCAGUGUUACCAGCCCUGAUCAAACGUACCUGCUGGCGGCCAGGGACUUUCUGGCCGUCUACAUCCUGUUUUUCCCGUUACUAUUUUCGUUCGGCUUAUUUCCGCAAAUCAACACCUUUGUAAUGUAUUUCCUCGAACAAGUCGAUAUACAUGUGUUUGGCGGCAAUGCCAUGUGCAACCUUGUUGGUUCGUUCUACUGCAUAUUCCGCUCACUGUUGGCCAUCGUAGUGCUCCACGGAUUUGCUUAUGGCGGAUUGAGCGAACAGAAAAGCUCGCAACAUAUGCUGUUCUCUAUAUUUUUGGCUUGCUUGGUCAGCGUCUGUUACCACUUGAGCCGAGAGACUUCGGAUCCCGUCAACAUCUUCAAUCUGGUGAAAAAACAUUUGUGGCUGCCGCAACUGCAGCAGGAUCAGCCAAACACCAACAAGCCAGAUAAUAUUGAGGCGCCCCAAGCGGAAGAAGCUAGCAAAGAUAAAACCACGACGUUCCGUAAGGAUGAUCAUGUUGAUCCUCUACCGCAAAAACUGCAGGACACUGUUAAUGCUCGUUUGAAAAACGAUCUAAUCCUCUGCUUACUCAUAGGUAUAGGAGUAUUUUCUCUUCACGCUAGUACAGUUUUCCUGGUUCUUCAGCCCGAGCUCUGUCCCGUAUUGUGGUCGAUAGCAGCUGGAACAGGUCUAGUGCUGCAUUAUGUUGUUCCUCAGCUUCGCAAGCAGCUGCCAUGGAGUUGCAUUGCUAGGCCGAUGCUUCGCUGCCAUGAGUACGCGCAAUAUCAAAUCAGAGGACCGGCGAGAAUUAUGUGGUAUGAAACUGCUUAUGUGUACUUGUGUUUUUUCGAAAAAAACAUCCUGUACCCCUUGAUAUGCGUGUCGGUUUUAACGGCAGAUUCCCCAGAAAUCGUUGAUAAGUACGGGGUGGUUUUAGGUUCCUUUAUUGUGGUGGUAUGCGGCAUGAAGUUCCUACGAAAUGCGUAUUCUAAUCCAAAUUGCCAGUACUUAAUUGUCAUAUUCACCACUUUGUCGUACAAGUACGACUUUCGCACUCUGAACCUGACUUUCCUCACUGCGUAUUUCUUCGUUAGCAUUGCUUUCUAUAAACUUGAUGAGUUGCUGCUGAAGAUUAAGUUUGUAAUCACCUACAUCGCUCCAUGGCAAAUCACCUGGGGAUCGGCUUUCCAUGCUUUCGCUCAACCGUUCUCCGUUCCUCAUUCCAUGAUGCUUUUUUCGCAGGCGGUUAUUUCCGCGCUCUUUUCUACCCCAUUGAAUCCGUUCUUAGGUAGCGCCAUUUUCCUCACCUCCUAUGUGAGGCCGGUGAAAUUUUGGGAACGCGACUACAAUACUCGCAGGGUGGAUCAUAGUAACACUCCACUGUCUUCCCACCUGGAUCGGAAUUUAGGGGCCGAUGACAAUAACUUGAAUUCCAUUUUCUAUGAGCAUUUGACCAGGUCUUUGCAGCAUUCGCUUUGUGGCGAUUUAGCGAUGGGCAGAUGGGGAAUAGUCAACCAGGGAGAUGUUUUCGUCAUGGCAUCCGACUACUUAAAUUGCUUGGUUCAUAUCAUUGAAAUGGGCAAUGGCUUGGUUACGUUUCAAAUGAGAGGUUUAGAGUUUCGCGGCACCUACUGCCAACAACGGGAAGUUGAAGCUAUUACUGAAGGAGUGGAGGAAAACGAUGGGUUUUUGUGUUUUGACACCGGACACCUUCCAAACAUGUUGAGCGUUAAUGCGGCUUUCAACCAGCGCUGGCUGGCUUGGGAAGUAACUGCAUCCAAAUACAUCCUCGAAGGAUACAGCAUAUCAGACAAUAGCGUCUUAUCUAUGCUGCAAGUGUUCGAAUUUCGGAAGAUUUUAGUAUCUUAUUAUGUUAAGAGCAUCAUCUUUUAUACUACACGGUCUCCGAAGUUAGACGAAUGGCUCAACUCCGACGUGAUCAAUAAAGCGCUGCGGACAAUAUGGAAAUUGGAUUUCGUGGAUUUGGACCCAAUUUUCAAUUAUAACAUCGACGAGGACUACGAUCCGUACGCUAAUGGGAUGACUAAAGGAGCGUUUUUGCACACUCAUGGUGAUUGGCUUUACUACUGUCUGAAUAGACGCGGUGACGUAUUAAAGAAGCAGAGAGUCAUCUUGUUAUGCUUUGCACUCAGUUUGUUGGGGCGUCGCACAUUAGGAGCGGCAUCACAAAAUACGGUUUCCAGUGUGGAGUUUUUUCUUUACGGACUACAUGCGUUGUUUAAAGGUGACUUUCGUAUUACGUGCGCGAGAGAUGAAUGGGUAUUCACGGACAUAGAUUUGCUGAAGACGGUAGUGGCGCCGGCUGUUCGCAUGUCGUUAAAAUUGCAUCAAGAUCAUUUCAUGACUCCCGACGAAUAUGAAGUUCUGCCCGCUUUGUAUGAUGCGAUUUGCAAACACGAACAGGAAUGGGUCAUCAGCCAUGAAGGGGAUCCGGCUUGGAGAAAUGCUGUCCUAAGCGGAACUCCCAGUCUGUUAGCACUAAGACAUGUUUUCGAUGAGGGAAGCGACGAAUACAAAAUCAUCAUGCUGAACAAAAGGCAUUUGAGCUUUCGAGUGAUCAAAAUCAACAAGGAGUGCGUCCGCGGCUUAUGGGCCGGCCAGCAGCAGGAAUUGGUUUAUUUACGAAACAGAAAUCCCGAAAGAGGAAGCAUCCAAAACGCCAAACAAGCCCUAAGGAACAUCAUCAAUUCAUCCUGCGAUCAGCCAAUCGGUUACCCAAUCUAUGUGUCACCUUUAACGACCAGCUACGCUGACACGAAUGAACAGUAUUCGUCACUAGUGGGCGGUUCAGUCAGUUUGAAGAUAAUUAAAAACUAUAUUUUUGAUUUAUUCAGACGGAUACGUAAAAGGUGCGGUGAGGGCUGUUCGAGCGGCGCAUCCACACGAGAAGAAGUUAGUAUGGGCCACGAAGGUGUUUAUGCGAUGACUCCGAUGGCGUUUCCAGGCGUCCCGAGACGAUCCACUGACAGUUUCAGGUCGGCAGGAAGUAUGGGAAGAGGCUCAAGCCUGAGCAGAACAUCAUUAGGCGGAAAUCGAGGUAGUUUAGUUUCGGUUGGGAAGCCAACCAGUUCAACGCUUGUGAGCCUGACGGGGCUAUUCAAGGAGAAAGAAGAGCGUGGAGGAUCAAGUGAAGGGCAAACAGGGCAAAGUCGCACAGGAAACGAAGAAAAACUGGGAGACUGUCGGGAAACCUCAUCAGAGAUAGCUGAUACUGAGUUUGUAGGAUCGCGAGUCAAGAUUAUGGAUCCGAACCUAGUAUACGACUGCAUAAACUUAGGUAGGCGAAUCGAUGUGUCUUGGCCGACUGAAUAUAUGCGAUGCCGAGGCGGACGAUCCUACUGGAAAGACUGGCUGCCAGAAGCAGGAAUGACCGGCCCAGUUGUCCAUAAAUGGAUUCCUUGCCAUAGGGACUCGAACAAGCGAUCUCAUGUAGAUAGAACGAUUCUGCUGGUGCAAAUCGACGAUAAAUUCGUUCCUAUAGCGGAAAGCGGCGUUCAAGACUUGGGUCCAGAAGUAUAGCAUCAGGAGAAUUUAGGUUUUUUUUUAUUGGCCGCUUACGAUGAGACUGGAAGGAAAACGUGUCAGGUGCUGGACAUUAUCGAACCUAGUCCAUUUUUAUCAGACGAUAUGGUCUGAGCUACUGCUCAAAAAGACGAUCAGUCGAGUCCAACAUUACAUUCCUCCAAGAACCACUUGGCAUGCGGAGAGCGUCAAUAGUUUCUGUACAACACGACGAAUAUGUGAUAGUAAAUAUUUAUUUACGAACCAUAGUCAGAUAAUUGGAGUUCCCUUGAUUUUUUAAAAUUCCAAACUGUAUAUAUCGGAGCGAUAUGUUUAAAUGUAUAGUUAGUUUGUACAGUUAUAAAAGACAUGACGCGUCCAAAGAGUUUAAAAAGUUGUUGAAUUUUACAUUUAGUCACGUUUUCUUAGCUAGCUGUACAUGCAUUAGGGCUUCUUACAGGAAUUUUAUAUUAUUGAGGAGCUAAACCAGUGGUUUACAUUUUUCAUUCAAUUGGUACAAUCAAAAUUAGCUUCUCAGUUGUGGGUUUUGUAUUUUAUUCAGGUGUGUUUUUGUCUUCAACUUUAAACCCAUUGUGGCCUAACGUUCACUGUAAAAUUUAACGCAUCUAUUUGUUGAAGGUUGUUGACUAAAACACAUCUUGCCUAGCUUAAUUGGAGUCUAAAAGGGGAAGAACUGGUUUAUACUAUGCGAAGUUUCAGACAAGCCACUAAAACUAACAAAACAUUUGUAGUAGAAGUAGCAAAUUCGUUUAAUCAAAACGUGGUCUCGAGAGUUUUAUCACUUAAAUGUUACGAAGUUGCCUUAACAGAAAUAGACUGAUUUUUUGUAUGAUUUUGUAUAGCUUUUGUUAUUAGAUCGUACGUAACGUUUUGUAAACUCCGUCAAGCUCAAUGUAAAUGAGUUCCAAGCUUGAUGUGGUCUGCAAUCAAUCGUGAAAUAAUUUCAAUAUAUUACUACCUUUACAUUCAGUGAUAUCGAAUUUAUGAAUAUACAUUUAAAUUAUGCACCUGUUGUAUAGUUCACUAAUAAUUAUUCGUAGAUUAGUUAUAUUUAUCUUAUUUCAACUGGUGGUCCGUCGGGAUACCUCAAAGAGAUUGUUUGUUCAAGGAUUCCUCUAAACUGUUUUAAUGUUUGUUUUCAAAUUAUUUGUUGUGUUUGUGACUGCACAGAACUUAUUUAGGAUUAUUCUUCUGUGAUUUUAGUUAAUUUUUCUGGGCGGAGUUUUUACUAGUGAAAUAGAGUUAUUCAAGCAUU